AUUAAGCUUGUUUAAAGUUAUGUAGCAUUUAGUGAUUUAUUUCUUUCUGUCUCUCUCUCUCUCUCUCUCUUUUUCCUUCUCUUUUUUUCUAUCAUUAUGUCUCAUUUGCUACACAAACAUAUUAAAACAGAACCUACAUUAGAAGAUCAAGAUGACUUACUUAUGUCAUAUCUUAAUUCAGAAUGUAUGGCUACAAGUACCACAUCUUGGACUCAUGAACAGAAAUACCCAAUAGAAGAAACUGACUGGCAAUAUCUUUCAUCAUCUUCUUCUCCAUCUACCACGCCUCUUUUAAAUGAUGUGUCACUUUUAUGGGCUGCACAAAACCAAGCUACAUUCUACAAUGAAAUGACAUGCUCGCCUUCUUCUGCAUCUUAUUUCUCAACACCACAACCUACUUCUCCUGGUGCCUUUAGUACCUAUUCUUCAUCCUCUUCAGAGACUGAGCAGUCCAGAAAAAAGCGUGGACGUAAAAAGCGCGAUACAGGUCGCAACACAACUCCUCCUCUUCUCCAAGGUCUUCCUGUCGUCAUUGCCCCUGCUCCUCUUAAACAAUUAGCACCCAUUUUGCCUGCUUUUCAACAUAUCAAAGAGACACAGCAAGAGGUCGAGAAAGAGAUUCCUGAAAAAUAUAUGGCUGAGGAUCCUCAAAAGGCAGCAGUCAUAGCUAAACGACAAGAGCGAUUGAUCAAAAACAGAGCAGCCGCGCUACUUUCACGUAAAAGGAAACGAGAACAUUUGAUUGCCCUUGAAGAUCAGCGCAAAGAAUUACUAGAUACAAACAAGGCACUUUACGAUCAAAUUCAAGAUUUACAAACACAGAACCUCGAAUUAAAAAAGAAGUUGGAUCGUAUUCCUUCUGACAACUUUGUCUGUAUGAUGAUGGCCAUGUUACUCUUACUUUAUACUGCAUGUUUUACUUCUCAAGACACAGUUGAUUUGACAUCAUACAAGAAGAAAGUGCAGCGUCAAGAAUGAGACUGAGCAACACAAACUUUAAAGUGUGUACUAAAAGCACAAUUUAUGUAUUUACCAUGUAAAAUUACUCUAUAAAAAAUAACAACAGCACCAGUGUGUUGUAUAUUGACUUUCUGAUUUCUUGGAUACUUGGUCUAUAGGUAUUGCUUUAUUCUUCCAUAAUAAAGGUAGCCCUUCUUCUUCUUCUUCUUGUUCUUCAAUAUCUUGUUCUUGUUCAUCAUCAUUAUUGAUUUGGAUCUGAUCAUACACUUUUUGCUGUGUAUAGUACGCAUCACUUCU